CUCCUGAGGUGGACCGUGGUGGCCCAAGUAAGAAGCAGUUACCAGUUUGGCUGGACGAGAGAAGCACCGGCAACCUUCUUUGGGAAUACCUGGACAGGCAGGUCCCCAAGGACCCCAAGCCCGCGAGAUCUUUAUUCCCAGCCAGUUCUUACUCAGCUGCGUCACUAAGAGGAAGGAAAAUGAAGAUUGGCGUUUUUAUUCUCAAGUUUUCGCUCGUCGCAGCUCAAGGGAUCGUUUUCCCAGGAGAGACCACAGCAAAUAAAGAAGGCGAAGCCGAGGUAAACAACAGGUUGUCUGAACUCCUGGGAGUAGGCGUCAGGAACGGAGUACCGCCGGUGACUACCACACCAGGCUCGAACGACUGCACGACGCCUGAUCAGCAGAGAGGUACAUGUGGUCCAAUAAGUCAGUGCCAAAGUUAUGUGCCACUUCUGAAACAACUCAGGGACAGUAACACACUCACUUUUCUUCGGCGAAGGAUCUGCAGAUUGCUUCCUAGUAGCAUCCACUUCUGCUGCCCAACGACAACUUCCCCAGCAGCCACCCCAAAUAAUCCGGGAGGCGCGGUCGCCAUCCCAAGCCAGAACGAAUGCGGGUUGCCGUCCGUCGAAAGAGUCUUCGGGGGCGAAGAAGCAGAGAUCGGCAUCUGGCCCUGGGCUACGGCAGUCGGCCGUCCCACGGCUAACGGCGGCUUCCAAAGCAUCUGUGGAGGAUCCCUCAUCACCGUACGUCACGUUCUGUCAGCGGCCCACUGCUUCGUCGUCCCCGACGUCCCAGAGGAGUUAAGGACCCACGUGCGAGUAGGAGAACACGACCUGACGAGUGGUUCCGACAACCUCAUCCCGCAGGACAUCAGGAUUGCUUCCCGGCGGACGAAUGGUUACGAUGGUUUCACAAAAGCUAACGACAUCGAACUCUUGAUCCUGGAGGAGGACGCCAUAUUCCAUGAUUUCGUGAAACCAGUAUGCCUUCCCAUAGCACCGGCUUUGAGGAACAGCAUGUUCGAGAACCAAAAUGCAACUGUCGUUGGAUGGGGUCGUUUUUCAUUCGAUGCUAGAGCUCCCACAUCCUCUAAUGUGCUCAUGGAAGCCGACGUUCCCAUUGUGCCUUUGGAGCCAUGCAGUACCGUUUACAGAACCAGGACUCUUGGCACUGUGGUGGAUCAAACGAACAUUUGCGCCGGACAAGGAACCACUGAUGCCUGCAGUGGAGACAGCGGAGGGCCUCUGAACUACUACAACCCAAGGAACGACAGAUAUUACUUGAUUGGAAUCGUCUCUCACGGGGUCAGCUGCGCCACAACCGAGUUUCCAGGCGUGUACACUCGAGUAGGCGCUUUUAUAGACUGGAUCGUGAGCAAUAUUCAAAGCACAGUCGUCUAGGACUAGGUGGUUUCUCCCCCGCCUGUAUCUCUACAGUCAACUUGAGAUAUUUGAAUAAUAUCUCCACACCAUCCGUAACAUACGAAACAUUAGAAUUCUUUAUUUGUACUCAUUUGAACGUUGGCCUUGUGAUAAGUAAUGUUGUGUGUUAAGAAACUGGUGCUUGAAAUAAGAUCACCAUUAUUUCUUGUUUGAUCGCAUAUUCAUUUCCACGAGCUGUAGAAACAAAAUAAUUUGUUGUCAUUUACGAUAUCAAGUAACAGGUUAAUAGGUUAUUAUUUGUUGCAAUGCAAAGAUAGCAACGAAUCUACAGCUUUUCAUCCUACUCCGGAAAUGGAGGCAUGAAUAAACAAUGUAAUAAACGAAAUAGAUAAUGAUGAAUUGUUGGCAUAAUGAGCAGUCACCAACACUGAGAAUGGUAGAAAUAAAUUAAAUACAUUUACACGGAAGUGGGACAUAUUUUAUAGGUGCUGUACGUUAUUAAGUUCUUAGGUAGGGCUUCAACCCAAUUAAUUGGCAUAGCCUUAUAAAGCUGAAUGGAUCGGUAUUGUGAAUCUUAUUGAUGAUUUUUCCUCGCGAGGCCAGAAUGCAGCUGGUCUAGAGUGAUCUGAGUGAGUCUCCCAGCCCACCCACAACCCGUAACUCGCCUCCCAGAACAUGUUCCUUGCCGUCGGCCUCCCACGAAAAUUUAGAAAGGUUUAUUCAAAACGAAAUAGCCACUGAAAUGCUCAGUGAAGGGAAGAAUGUUCGGUGUGUGGAGAUCUUUUAAUUCUUCAAUGAAAUUUUUAUAAAAAUGAUUCGUAAUGAAAUAUGAAGGACUGCUUUGAUUUUGCCCGACGCGAUGUUCAUCUGUGCUUUAUUUUGUGACUAAGUCAGUUGUUUUGUAUUUAUUUAUUGAAUUUCAUGGUUGUCUGUAAACAAUGUGAAAUUUAGCUCUACAUAUGCUAAUAGAUGCCACUUCAUUUCACAAAAUGAGUUUAUAGAUAAGUGAAACUCAUUAUAGUUUACAUUAUUAUUAUUAUUUGUAAUGUGAUGCCUUCUGAAAAUAUAAGGAAAUAAAAUAAAAAUUGACAAAGAACCUUCCUUAAGACUUCAAUACCUUCAAUAAAGGGAUGAGUUAACGGAAGAGAUAUUUUCACAAACAAAUGGCAACGAAUAUGUAAGAAAUAGAACUUUAAACAAUAAAUAAACAAAGGAGCCAUUGCUAUUGUAUACCCUCUUAUGUAAACAAAGCGUGAUCCAACCUCCAGCUUACUCGAGACGCGUGCAAGACUUUCCCCCUCAAGCGUUGUAAACAUUAUAUCCUUAACGUAAAUGAAAACGUUUGAACAACUAAAUAUUAAAUACAAAUCUUUUUUGUAAUACAUAAAACAAUCAAACUCCA